UCUAUAAUAACGAGGGGGCGUCCGGAGGGAGGCGGCAGCGACAGAAGAGGGGGCGUCUCAGAGAAAGGGAGGGAGCCACCCGCGCGUGAAGCUACAGCAGCGUCCAGCGCCUCCCCUCCCACCCAGGCAGGACCUGGGGGCAACGACCGGAUCCAUGGGGGCUGCAAGCUGCGAGGAUGAGGAGCUGGAAUUUAAGCUGGUGUUCGGGGAGGAAAAGGAGGCUCCCUCGCUGGGCGCGGGGUGCCCUGGGGAAGAGCUGGACUCAGAGGAUGCUCCUUCAUGCUGUCGUUUGGCUCUGGGGGAACCCCUUCCUUAUGGUGCUGCCCCUAUUGGUAUUCCCCGACCCCCACCCCCUCGGCCAGGCAUGCACUCACCACCACCCCGUCCUGCCCCUUCACCUGGCACCUGGGAGAGCCAGCCAGCUCGGUCGGUGAGGCUGGGGGGCCCAGGAGGGGGUGCGGGGGGUGCUGGGGGCGGUCGAAUUCUUGAAUGUCCCAGCAUCCGGAUCACCUCCAUCUCUCCCACACCUGACCCACCAACCUCACUAGAGGACACGCCUGAAACCUGGGGGGACGGCUCUCCUAGAGAUUACCCCCCAUCAGAAGGCUUCGGGGGCUACCGAGAGGCAGGAGGCCAGGGCGGAGGUGCCUUCUUCAGCCCGAGCCCUGGCAGCAGCAGCCUGUCUUCGUGGAGCUUCUUCUCCGAUGCCUCAGAGGAGGCCGCUCUUUAUGCCGCAUGCGACGAGGUGGAGUCUGAACUUAAUGAAGCAGCUUCCCGCUUUGGCUUGAGCUCUCCACUGCCUUCGCCCCGGGCUUCUCCUAGGCCAUGGACCCCGGAAGAUCCGUGGAACCUGUACGGUCCAAACUCAGGAGGCCGAGCGCCAGAGGAUAGCUGGUUACUCCUUAGUGCUCCUGGGCCCAUCCCAGCCUCCCCAAGGCCUGCUUCACCCUGCGGCAAGAGGCGCUAUUCCAGUUCAGGGACCCCAUCUUCAGCCUCCCCUGCUCUGUCCCGCCGGGGCAGCCUUGGGGAAGAGGGUCCAGAGCCACCCCCACCACCACCAUUGCCUCUGGUCAGGGACCCUAGUUCUCCAGGCCCUUUUGACUAUGCGGGAGCUCCAACAAACGAGAGCAUCCCUCAGAAAACCCGGAGGACUUCUAACGAGCAGGCAGUGGCAUUGCCUCGGUCUGAGGAGCCUGUCUCUUGCAAUGGGAAGCUGCCCUCCGGAACUGAGGAGGCUGUGGCUGCUCCAGCGGGUCUGCGGAAGGAGGUGGCUGGCAUGGACUAUCUAGCAGUACCUUCUCCUCUUGCUUGGUCCAAGGCUCGGAUUGGGGGACACAGCCCCAUCUUCAGGACCUCUGCCCUACCUCCCCUGGACUGGCCUUUGCCCAGCCAGUAUGAGCAGCUGGAGUUGAGGAUUGAGGUACAGCCUAGAGCACACCACCGAGCCCACUAUGAGACAGAGGGCAGCCGAGGAGCUGUCAAAGCUGCUCCUGGAGGUCACCCUGUGGUCAAGCUCCUAGGCUACAGUGAGAAGCCACUGACUCUACAGAUGUUCAUUGGCACUGCAGAUGAAAGGAGCCUGCGGCCGCAUGCCUUCUACCAGGUGCACCGUAUUACCGGCAAGAUGGUGGCUACAGCCAGCUAUGAAGCUGUAGUUAGUGGUACCAAAGUGUUGGAGAUGACCUUGCUCCCAGAGAACAACAUGGCUGCCAACAUUGACUGUGCUGGAAUCCUGAAGCUUCGAAAUUCAGAUAUUGAGCUCCGGAAGGGUGAGACGGACAUCGGGCGCAAAAACACACGUGUGCGGCUGGUGUUCCGUGUACAUGUGCCUCAGGGCGGCGGAAAGGUCGUCUCUGUGCAGGCAGCAUCAGUGCCCAUCGAGUGCUCCCAGCGCUCAGCCCAAGAGCUACCCCAGGUGGAGGCCUACAGUCCCAGUGCCUGCUCUGUGAGAGGAGGGGAGGAGCUAGUGCUGACUGGUUCCAACUUCCUGCCAGACUCUAAAGUGGUGUUCAUUGAGAGGGGCCCUGAUGGAAAACUGCAGUGGGAGGAGGAGGCUGCGGUGAACCGGCUGCAGAGCAACGAGGUCACACUGACUCUGACCAUUCCCGAGUACAGUAAUAAGCGGAUAUCCCGGCCAGUCCAGGUCUACUUUUACGUCUCCAACGGGAGGAGGAAGCGCAGUCCUACCCAAAGUUUCAAGUUCCUACCUGUGAUCUUCAAGGAGGAGCCCUUACCAGACUCAUCUCUCCGGGGCUUCCCUUCCACAUCCGGUCCCCCCUUUGGCACUGACAUGGACUUCUCACCACCCAGACCCCCUUACCCCUCCUAUCCCCAUGAAGACCCUGCUUAUGAAACUCCUUAUCUGUCAGAAAGCUUUGGUUAUAGCUCACCCACUCUGUACCCCCAGACGGGGCCCCCACCAUCCUACAGAUCAGGCUUGCGGAUGUUCCCUGAGACUGGAGGCACCACAGGUUGUGCCCGCCCACCCGCGGUCUCCUUCCUGCCCCGCCCCUAUCCUGGUGAUCCAUAUGGAGGACAGGGCUCCUCUUUUGCCCUGGGGCUUCCAUUCUCCCCUCCGGCCCCCUUUAGGCCUCCAUUACCUUCCUCCCCACCACUUGAAGACCCCUUCAAUCCCCAGAAUGCUGUCCACCCCCUACCUGCUGAGGGCUACAAUGAGGUGGGGCCAGGUUAUACCCCUGGGGAGGGGGCUUCGGAGCAGGAGAAAUCCAGGGGUGGCUACAGCAGCGGCUUCAGAGACAAUGUACCUAUCCAGGGUAUCACCCUGGAGGAAGUGAGUGAGAUCAUUGGCCGAGACCUGAGUGGCUUCCCUGAUCGUCCUGGAGAAGAGCCUCCUGCCUGAACCACAUGUGGUGGCUCCAGAAGCCUGGGGCCAACUCGAGACUCUCUUUGCUCAGCUUCUAUCUUCCUGUCUCCUCUCCCUCUCCCAGCUAAGGUGUGGCCCCCAGGCUUGGUGCUGCCUUGAGAGGGAGUGAGAAUGUGGAGGAUAGGGCAUGAGGGUGGAGACUGAGGCUGGAUGCCAGAACUGACCGGGAUGAAGAUGGUAUCCAGGCUGUACAGGCUGUGAUAUGGGCAGGCUGAACAGGUUGAUGGGUAAUAAACUGUUCACUGACCAG